CAUAUUUCUCUCUUCUCCAAUUCUCUCUCUAGAUUUUGUUCAGAAACUUGUCUUAAAAACUCUCACUCUCCCCCAAAGUAAACAAACAUACCAACAAAACACCAAAUGGGUCUCACUUCUCUUCAAGUUUGCAUGGAUUCUGAUUGGCUCCAGGAAGCUGAGUCAUCAGGAGGAAGCAUGUUAGACUCUUCAACGACUUCUCCAUCAGCAGCCGACAUACUAGCUGCUUGCAGCACUAGACCACAAGCCUCGGCCGUGGCUGUAGCCGCUGCGGCUCUGAUGGACGGUGGAAGGAGGCUGCGUCCACCUCACGACCAUCCUCAAAAGUGUCCUCGUUGCGAGUCAACACACACUAAGUUCUGUUACUACAAUAACUAUAGCCUCUCUCAGCCUCGUUACUUCUGCAAGACUUGUCGCCGUUACUGGACCAAAGGCGGCACUCUAAGGAAUAUUCCGGUCGGUGGUGGAUGCCGUAAAAACAAGAAACCAUCUUCCUCUAAUUCCUCCCCAUCCACUUCUUCCGGCAAAAAACCAUCCAACAUCGUUACCACCAAUACCACUGAUCUUAUGGCUUUAGCACAUUCUCAUCAAAAUUACCAAAACUACCAAAAUUCCCCUCUAGGGUUUUCACAUUUUGGUGGGAUGAUGGGUUCUUACUCAACUCCGGAGCAUGGUAACGUUGGUUUCUUGGAGAGCAAGUAUGGCGGUUUGCUUUCGCAGAGCCCUAGACCUAUUGAUUUCUUGGACAGUAAGUUUGAUCUCAUGGGAGUGAACAAUGACAACCUGGUCAUGGUUGAUCAUGGAAGUAACGGAGAUCAUCGUCAUCAUAGUAAUCAUCACAUGGGUCUGAAUCACGGGUUAGGUCUUAAUAACAGCAACAACAAUGGUGGAUUUAAUGGGAUUUCUCCGGGAGGCAAUGGAAAUGGUGGUGGUCUCAUGGAUAUAUCGACAUGCCAAAGACUUAUGCUAUCUAAUUAUGAUCAUCAUCAUUAUAAUCAUCAAGAAGAUCAUCAAAGGGUAGCAACAAUAAUGGAUGUGAAGCCAAAUACGAAGUUGUUAUCGCUUGAUUGGCAGCAAGAUCAAGGCUACUCAAAUGGUGGUGGUAGCGGAGGCGUAGGAAAAUCUGACGGUGGUGGAUACGGCAAUGGUGGUUAUAUCAAUGGUUUAGGUUCGUCGUGGAAUGGUUUGAUGAAUGGCUAUGGAUCGUCCACUAAAACAAACUCCUUGGUUUGAUAAGUUAAUCAGAACUUUUUUCUCUUGUUGUCAUCAACUAGUAGUAGUAGUAGUAGUAGUAGAGAAGCAAUUAUAAUUAUAUAUGGGUUUGUUUGCUUAGCCAGUUUUAAUUUCGUAA